AAAGAUUAAUAGUAGCUACUUUAAGCAACUAACCAUGAAAACCGUCUUAGUAUUAUUAAUGGCCAUUUUGGCUGUCAAUUCCUUAGCAAUUGACGAACAAUGGAUGCAAUUCAAGAAAGACCACAACAAGCUCUACAGAAGCGUAGCCGAUGAAGAACAACACUUCAAAACCUUCCAAGCUAACUUGAAAAAAUUCGAGGAACAUAACAAAAGGUACGAAGCCGGAGAAGUGACAUGGUUCAUGAAAGUAACCAAGUUCGCUGACAUGACGUCGGAGGAAAUAGCCGAGUACAACGGUUGGAAGAAUUACAAAACGCCAACGUUUGAGGGACUAAACAUAACUACCUUAAGGGCCGACAAUAUCAAAGACGAGAUUCCCGGAAUUUUCGAUUGGAGGGACCGCGGUGGUAUCACUGAAGUGAGGGACCAAGGUGGCUGUGGAAGUUGUUGGGCCUUCUGUGCUAUUUGUUCGUUGGAGAAUCGUUACUUCAUCGUCCACAGUCAAACCAAGAUUUCUCUAAGCGAGCAACAAUUGAUUGAUUGCUCAAGGAAUUACAACAACAACGGUUGCAACGGUGGCUACCCUCCUAACGCGUACAACUACAUUGCACAAAAUGACAUCAACAGGUUGGAAGAUUAUCCAUACGCAGGUGUCGACCAAAACUGCAGAGCUGAUGGCGGAAAGAACGUCAACGUUCACCUUACCGGAAUUGUCACCAUUCCCGAAGACGAUGAAGAGAGUUUGAGGUACGCCACUUAUAUACAAGGUGCCAUGAACGUCGGUAUUCAUGCUACCGAUAAUUUUAUGCAUUACGGCGGUGGACUUUUUGACGAUCCCACUUGCAACAAGUACGACAGGAAUCACUGCGUGACCGUCGUCGGCUACGGAAGGGAGAAUGACCAGGACUUCUGGGCGGUCAAAAAUUCCUGGGGCCCCGGAUGGGGCGAAGGUGGCUACAUCAAAAUGGCCAGGAAGAAGGACGGGCAAUGCGGUAUUGCUAUGACUUGCUUCUCUCCACAACUUGAGGGAUAAACGCUUAACAUGACUGAUAUGUGUAAUUGAGUUUUUAUAUUGCAUUUUAUAUAAUUAAAAAAUAAAAAUAAAAUU